AUGGAUAAGUUUCGUAUGAUGUUUCAGUUCCUCCAGUCCAACCAGGAAUCUUUUAUGAAUGGGAUCUGUGGCAUCAUGGCACUGGCAAGUGCACAGAUGUACUCUGCCUUUGAGUUCAACUGCCCCUGUAUGCCAGAAUACAACUACACCUAUGGGGUCGGACUGCUCAUUAUUCCACCUAUAUGGUUCUUUCUGUUGGGUUUUGUAUUGAACAAUAACGUGUCAGUGCUUGCAGAGGAGUGGAAAAGACCUACGGGGAAACGCGGCAAGGACCCAACGAUCCUCCGCUACAUGUUUUGCUCAAUCACGCAGAGAUCCUUGAUAGCACCUGCAGUGUGGGUGUCUGUCACGCUCAUGGAUGGGAAGAGCUUCCUCUGUGCUUUCAGCAUCAACUUGGACAUUGACAGGUUUGGGAAUUACAGCGUGAUGACGGGGAUGUCAGAGACAGAGAAAAUAAAACUGCUGGCAAGGAUUCCAUGCAAAGACCUGUUUAAGCAUGAGGAAAUAAGAGUGGCAGCAUCACGAUACAUCAAGUGUAUAUCACAGGCAUGCGGAUGGAUGUUUUUGCUCAUGAUGACCUUCACGGCUUUUCUGAUCCGAGCUAUUCGACCGUGCUUUUCUCAAGCUGCCUUCCUCAAGACCAAGUACUGGUCUCAUUACGUCGACAUUGAGCGCAAGAUGUUCGAUGAGACCUGUAAGGAGCAUGCAAAGAGUUUCGCAAAAGUUUGCAUCCACCAGUACUUUGAGAACAUCAGCGGGGAGAUGCGCAACUUUCACCACCAUCGCUCAACCGACAGCGACAGUGACGAUGAGGAUAGGAAGAGAAGUGACGAAGACAAACUUCUGGGAAUCAGGGCACAGGAUGAUAUGAAUAAAAUUUUAUGGAACUGGCACACCUGUAAGCCUGCUCUGGCUCUGAGAAAGGACCAAAUGGAUGGUGCAAACAAUGGCAGACUGAAUGGAGAGGCAAACGGAGCGGCGAAUGGAUUUGUAAAGGGACACACCCGUGACGUGGAGAAAAAGGAAUGGGCAGUGUAUUACAAUUGGAGGACAGAGGUAGUGAGGGAGGGCUGA